AUGGCUCAAAAAGAUGGGCAAGGCGAAUACAAAUGUAGCAUCUUGGAAUCAGCUGGCCCCAUUUAUGUUGAUCGCCAAGCUUCUAUGAUGAUUUCACGGUUUAUCUGGUAAGCCUGAUAUACAAGAAAGCACGUUGAACUUCUUUUCUCUCCGAUCUGUUUGGCCUGAUGCAUUGCAAUGACUAUUUUCUUCAUCGAACUAUAGGUGGCUUUUUCAGGCUAAAAACAUCUCUCUUUGAUCGCGAUGAUGCGAAUGUUUUGAGUUACUUCUGAUCUGAAAGACUUUGCGACCCCUGUAGUGAAAGCUGAAAGCUUGCUGUUCAAGAAGAAAAUGACAGAAGGUAAUGAACUGUUUUAAAAAGACCUGGAUUCGAAAAGGUUGGCUGCGGGCUACUGUGUUUACUCAGCAAAUUUUGGCGCCAGUACGAAUCGAAAUAAUCCCACCGUGUUCACAGAUAAAUCCCAUGCUCUGUAUCCGUUUAUAAGCAGCUUUUAGAUGAUGUAGUUCUGAAAGAGUAAUCCUUUCGUCAAUUCGUCAAUAAUACGCCUGUCUGAGUGUUUAAACGCACCGUAACGAUAAGCCAAAGAAGUGCGCCCAAGUUUCACCUCGAUGUGAUCAUCUGAUCACUAAAUAUUGUUGUUUCCUGAACUUCCUCCGAUAUAGGAUUCGCAAACAAAAAUUCAGUCUUUGUUUACUGAUAUUACAUUAACGAGAUUUUCCUAUCUGAAACUCUUUCAGAAUCAACAGAAGGUCGUUUUUACGACACAAUUGAACAGCCGCAUUGGAAGUCAUAUCGUAAGUUGUCAUUUUCAUUCUUUCACUGGCGUUGCCCUCGAUCGUCACAGUGACUUUAAAAUUAACAGUGUAAAAGCUUAGUUUUAACUUUUUUGAUAGUCUACAGGCUACAGCAGAAAGCACCAAAAGCAAGGAGAAUCGUUUGUCCCAAGGAGGUAGGAAUGUUUUGUUUUCUAUCUAAUUUAUACAAACUUGCAUGUUCUUGUUAAUGAGAGAGCACAUUUUGAAUAAAGAUUCUUUAAACAUAGAGAUGUUAAAACAAAAUUAUAACCGUUGUGAGGGAAAUCGGCUUAUUGGUCUCAUAAAAUGCUCUUUUUAAUUUGGCGAUAUUUCGAUGAAACAAAGAAUCUGAAAGUGUGGUGUUUCAGUAAAAUUAAAUUGGGAAUUAUCUUUCCGACCAAUAGUUCCUUAUAAUUCAUCUUAAUUAGGUUUUAUUGAUGAUUAGAUUAUCUAACUGCGGCCAAUUUUUGUACUAUGAAACUGUUUUUUAGUCAUGGGCAAGAAAAGGUUAAAAAGAGAAGAGAGAGAAAAAAGUAUUUCCUUUUUAAAGAUUUUAAGUUAUGGUAAAAAAAAUACACAUACUUAUAGGUGACAUCACUUAUUAGCAUUUAGGAAGUUAAUCCUAUUUUCUUUGUUGUGAGAAAACAUUUCUGCUCUUUAAUUUGUUAUGCUAACCAUUAAAAUUGAUAACCCUUACGCAUGUUUAUGUCAGAGGAGCAAAUUUCUCAACCAAGCCUUGGUUUAAAAUUUAAAGUUACGAGGUUUUGCAUAUUAAAAUGAAUCCUCAAGGCAGUAGAAGUGAAAAGAAUGCUUAUGCACAAAGAAUGCAAAUGUGAAGAAUUUUGCUUACAAACGAGGCUUGUUGUAGAAAUUUACUCAUCUGACAAAGUCAAGCAUAAGGGCCAUUAUCAAUUUUACAUAGAUAACACAUGCAAAAAUUUUUUAUUUUAUUUUUUUAAGCAUAAAUUCAUAGCUGUGUUGAGAAAGCAGAAAAAAUGAGACCAAGUAGUUUCUUUUAUUAAAAAUGUAUUUUGCCUUAUAGGUAAUUUUUUUUCUUAUAGCUGGAGUAUAGUAUGACUAGAGUUAGUUGCUCCAAGCAAUUUAGGAAGUUAUACUGUAGUUGUUUAAAACUUUCUUUGUUCUGUAAUGUACAGAUACCAAAUAAACCUGCCCACUAUGGAAAAGAGUAAGUAUAAUAGUUGGAUUAUCUUAAAAGUGCAGAAAGUCAAACCAGACACUUGGAAGAAGAUUGUCCAAGUACAACAUUUUCUGAAAAAAGAAGAUUCUAUAGUUUUUUUGCUAAUGGACCAAAUAAAUUUCAGGGCUCAACUAUGCAACUGUUGAAAACUUUAAAACUGUUUGAAGUUACCUGACCUUUCAGGAAACAGCCCUCAGAUUUAUGAAUGUCAUUGGUCCAUUUGCAAAAGAACUUGAGAAUCUUUUGAUUUCAGAAGAUGUUAUAAUUGGACAGUCGUCUUCCAAGUGUCCUGGUUUGAGUGUCUGCACUGUAAAUUCCUUGUGUAGUCAACUCUCACUUUCCAGUCACCUCAAUGUUACAGACAUCCCAAUGAUAUGGAAAUCAGCUAAACCCCCAACAUUAUUUGAGUGAAAGAAACUCUCACCAUUACGGAGAGUGUCCACAAUUAAUAAAGAGUUAACAGUAGCCCUGUCAACACUGUUACUCGCAAUGCUAAUAUUCUCCAUGCAUUUCAAGGUAAAUUUUUCAAGCAAAAAUGCUUCCUUUUACAUUCCAAAUACACCUAGUUGCUCUAGCAAUUUACAGGCACAACAUUAAAAUAAUCAUUAACAAAUAAUCACAAUGAACAUACCUUUACAUGGUAAAAAAAUUACAAUCGGAAGGAGGCAAACCAUUUAAGGCAGUAAAUGUCAUCUGACAAAUGCCUCUGAAAUGGAUGAAAUUCUGUGAUGUAUGUAAUAUAAAUGAAACCUAAUACUGUUACCUUUAUGGUACAUUUCUUCUUGCCUAUUUUAACAGACCUUUAAUUGAUAAAUUAUUCCUUUUUUUCUAGAGGACAUAAUUAUGACCAAGUAGUACACUCUUAGUUAGAUAGACCAGAAAAUUUGUCAGACAUAUAUGUUGCAUGGGGUUGUUAUUUUAUUUUAUGUAUACAGAUCUUCAGCUUUAAAGCAAUAGUCUGUCUGGUCAUCCUGUCUGACUUCGGAAAUAUUUUUAUUCAGACUUUGUCCAAAUUAUGUAAAACUGUUAUUUGCAACAAGGUAAUGUAAAUAUUUUGAAUUUUGAUUUGUGGUAAUAAAAAAGUGAAUUUUAUUAUUUCUUUUGGCAGAUUUCAUGGUUGUAUUUCACGUGAAGAAGCUGAUGAACUGGUUUCGGAGGCUGAUGGCUGUUAUCUUGUUAGAGAAAGUCAAAGAUCACCAGGAAGUUACACUUUGACAAUGAGGUAAAGCUGUAUAAUAUAACCGAAUUUCCAAUGUGGAGGCAUAUUUGUGUAUGUUGCAGUUAAUUUUUUAUCUCAGGUAAUUGGUGUCUUUCUUUUGUGUUUGGGUGCAUGGUAACGAACAUGUAUGCUUAUAAAAUUGAAACAAAGGAAAAAUGAAAAUUACCUGAGUUAAAAAGAUAAACUGCAACAGGUAUGCUGUGGGAUGUUACAAAGACAAACUACAGAUCAAGACCCAGCACUCCUUUUCUCUUAGUUUCUUGUGUAAUAAGGGAACAAAAAUUGAAUUCUCAAGCUAACCUUUAACCAUUGUUGCUGUCUUUCUUUUUUGAAGAUUUGGUGGUGUUUCCAAAAACUUUAGAUUAUAUUAUGAUGGAAUGCAUUAUGUUGGUAAGUGGUAUGUUUGCAAAUGUGUCUUAGCCUCUAAAUUAUCUGUCUUUAAUGCUUGUUAACAGAACUAGAAUUAGGCAGAUGAACAAAAAAGUGUGUCUUGUCUUUUAUCAUCACGAUAAAAGCGGUUGUGAGACUUCCCUUGCAGGUGCUAUUUUAAGAAUUGUAAGGGAAGUUCUUGAAUGUGACCCUUUGUGUGAAACUUAUAGUGUGAUUGUAGAAACUGAAAUAGUCACACAGAAUGUAGAUGGUACAAUCAUGUCUAAGUCGAGCCUUUCAUUGUGAAUGACCCCUUCAAGCCUAUUAUAGCUUAGUGAAAUUGAAGAUUAGAGCUUGAAAUAAUGUUAGAAAAGUGAACGUAAUUACAGUACCUGAGUCCUUUGAUUUGAAAAAAAGGACUAGCUCAAUAUAGUGAUGAUGAUUAUAUGUACAGUGUAGAAAUCAAAUGUUUUUCAUUUGCUGAAGGCAUAGAAAAUAGCACAUGUAGAACUUAAAUAGAUCUCUUUAAAGGUUUUUUCAAGAUUGGUUAUUUUUCUUUUUCCACUUUCAUAAUAGUACAUAAAAACUUUUUUACGCUCCAAAAUGCUGCAUCACUUCAAAUUCAUAUUCAGAAUAAUGCAAUAUAACACAUCCUUUAUCAACAACAAAAUUUGUAAUUCCCAACUCAUUUGGAACAUUAGAUGAAUAAAUUUGUUAACAAGUUAACAAGUAAUACCCAAUCACAUCUCGGCAAACCUUUGUUUUUGUACAAACUGUCAACUAUUAAAAAUUAAUGAAACAGAAAUAUUGCUUAGCAAGAGUUGUUUCAUCCAUGAGACCUAUAUUUCCCACCCUCUCUGACUAUUAUUUUUCCAUUAUUUGGAAUCUUCAGACAUGCACUAUAACACUGUAAAUUUUUAAAGAUGUUUCGGCCCUCUUCAUGGGUAUAAAACUUAAGGAAGGAUUGUUAUAUUCAUAUCUUUAUCAUCAGCACAUCAUUUGACUAAUUUGCACCACACAAUAGUGUAUAAUUUUAAACACUAUUUUUACAUGCGAUGUCUAGAUAAUUUUAUGUAAUGAGAAUAGGUAUUUCUAAUACCCCUUUCUUUAAAAUUCUUGAAGUUUUGCUUGUACCAUCAAUGAUAUUUCGCUGAACUGCCUGCUUCAGUGUAUGAGUUCUCUUUUAAUUCAAUUUUGACCCUUUAAGAUAAACUCUGAAGGAAAAAGAAGCAGUAAAAAACUAAAGCUUUUGUUCAUAGUUCCCCUCAGGGUGCCGGUUUUUAUUUUGCAUUUGUGUACAAAGAAGGCUUGCACAGCAUGUGUCAGCUUUCUACAUAAAAGCCAUGCUUGUCUUGAUAUUGUUUUAGCUUCUACAAAAGUGAAAUACACAGGUGUCUUCCCUGUUAAUGCAAAUCACAGCCAGCUUUCUUUCUCACAUUUCAGGGGAAAAACGAUUUCAAACCAUACAAGAUCUUGUUGCAGAUGGACUCAUCAUAAUGUACAUUGAUAUGUACGCAAAGGACUAUGUUGACACCAUGAUGAUAAGUCCAGCAGUGAAGGCGGGAGAAGAAAAGAAUUUGGACACGGAUGAAACCAAGGAGAAAGAACCUUUAGAUCAACCAGAUGCUAUGGGAAAAGAUCAGGUAUUUUCAACAACUAAAAUUAGCCAAGCCUUUGUCAUCUAUUACUUUCCAUGUUUACUAUGUUCAUUAUAUCCUCCAUGCUUAUUAAGAGUUAACUAUGGCAGAUCUGGCAAUCAGUCUCAAAUAUUUGCCCAUCAUUUUAGAUAUGUGUACACCGUAUUUGCUUUUAGGAUAAAUCAUGCCAAAGUUGAGUUUCUUUGAUAUUUUGAAAUUCCUAUGUUUGGCUUAAACUCAGCUUUAUCAUCAGAUAUGCAAACAAAUGUCACUAUUCAUCUAAAAGUGAAACAAAAAAAUCAUGAUUUUGUGCAUUGUAUGUCUACAUGGAUGAUUUUUUAUCCUGAAAUUGUUAGAGGUCUGUAACUGAAUCUCAGUAGCUUCAAACAGGUCAUUUUAGCGGUAAUAGAGUACUGUGAUUCCUUCUUUUUGUUUGAAGAUGAGGGCUUUAUCUAACAUGUGUUCCAAGAAUAUGUAAAUUAUUCCACAAAUGUGUUUAAGAGUAGAAAUUUUCAAGAUAUCUACCUUGAACUUAAAUCAUUUCUCAACUCUUUUUUUUUGUUAAGUUAUGAAGGAAUUGAAGAACAAUUUUAUUAUUGAAAUUGUAUUUCCUGCUUUGUAUAUACAAAAUACUGGACAGUUAUACAGUCAUGAAUGUGCAAGUUCUGCAGGUUAUAAAGUGCUAAAAAAGUUUUUGUUUUUGUGUUUAUUAUUGAAAUUAUUACUUGGUUUAUUUAACCUUGGUUUAUAGCUAUAAAAUCAAUAAAUUGAAACUGAAACCUAUAAAUGUAUGUAUUUAACCAUAGGACCAACUGAUUUCAAUUAAAUGCUCUUCAAAAAAUCUAAUUUAUAGCUAGUGGAUGCAGUUUUGUCAGAUUACCUUAUUUACAUUGUUUACUGUGUACAGCGCUACAUUCGUAUUCUGAACAUAGAACCUAGCUAUUACUGUAGUUUAUUUGUAAAGUACAAAAAUAGAACUGACAUGCUGUAAAACAGUACGGUAAUGAUAAUUACUGUAAGUUCUUUAGCUUUCCUUUUUAACAAAAAGGUUGAUGAAUUGUGAUUGAUGUCUUGAUUGUCUUUCAAUCUUGUUUUCAGUCACAUUAAGGUGGCUGAACACAGUUUUGCGGGCGGUCAGCGGUAGCGCGUGUUUUAAAUUAGACAAACAAACAUGGCGGCGAAAAAAGCAUUGGUACACAGACGACGAUUUCUCAAAAUCUACUCUAUAAAAUUUUGUGAUAUUUGGCAAAAUUUUUACUUUUAUCGUAUUUUAAAUGAUGAGAACUUUAAAAUGGAAGUUGAACAGACGAAUUUUGUGACACAUUUAAUAAUUACGGUAGAAUUAUAUUAUUGAUUAUCUAAAAACCCCUCUGUUAAAAUUUGGUCAAAUAAGUUUCAAAUGGUAGUGAUUAAUUAUAGUAAGCUGUGUGCGAGUUUAUGGGAAAAUCUAAUGAGAGAAUUUUAUGUAAACUGAGUAACGGUGAAAUUUUAAGGUUGUAUUUAACCGUUCACGUUGCCAUGGAAACUACGAAAACGUCAAAUUUUACCUGUCAGUCAAACUCUUUCAUCAGUAUAUUUUUCAUUUGCUAAGUUUCAGCUUGUGAGCUGCAACCUUUCUCCUGCCACAAUUUGGCAAAUGACCUAUACUCAGAAACUGCCAAAACUGUGUUCAGCCACCUUAAACUGACAGUGAUUGCUGUACUAAAUUUAGUAAAAUUUCUUUGCUUAAUUUGGUAACUAUGUAAUCUACUCACCCUUAAAAUUACUGGGUUACAUACAAGUAAAGUGUAUUUGAGGGAUUAUUUUUUAAAUAGUGGAUUUUUUCCUUUUAGUCAAUUCUUUUUCAGAUGUAGACAAAUAUCCAGGUUGUUUGGAUUUCCUGCUAGCCAAACAUUACAAAAAUGACUGGUCCAUACAAAAAGUUGCUGCAGCUGCAUCUCCUUCGCGAUUUCUUCACAUUUGGUGGUUUUUUUAUUUCACAAGUUUAUUUUGUUGAUUGUGCUCUGACGUGAAUUUUUUGCAGACUUUAAAAACAUGAUUCUGUCAAAACAUAUAAUAAAAUUCAAUUUGCUGGACCUAGACAGACCUUUUGCUUCAGAUUUAAAAAAUGUAAGAAAAGUUUGGGACUUACUGUACAUUACUUGUCAAAAUUGAUCGAAACAGAAUUAUCCUUUGUAUUCAAUUUACUGCCCAGAAUGCUCGAAAUCGCAUUUUAGAGUAUUGAAAUUCUUAAAUUUUCAAGGGGUGCUUGCCCCCAGACUCCUCUAGAAGAACGGGAGUAAAAGCCUCUUUUCAAUACAGUCGGUUACCUUUUUUCAAACCUGCUGGCUACUUCAAUUUUUAUUGAAACCCCUGAACAAGCAUCUAAUUUCUCCUUAAGAUAACAUGCUUAAUCAAACAUACCCUUCUGUAAGUUUUCUGAGAAAAUAAUUGUUUAUACACUGUUGGAAAAUGUGUGUUUGAGAACCGAAAAAGUGGGAGAGACAGUGUGAUAAAACCUCAGUUCCCACGCUGUGUCCAAAAAUACCUUCAGUAAUGUUAAAUAUUUGAUUAUGUGGUGUUUUAUUUGGUGUAAGUCAAUUUAUUAUAAUCCGCAUUACUUUUCUUUUUAUUCAGCUAUGAAUAAGAUAUACUCGUGAAUUAUUAAUCUAUGAAAGAAUUAUUUUGCUUUUGAAAUUUCUUAUCGUAGCUUUGAACAUAGCCUUUAAACGUUCUCUUAGCUGAAAAUUUUGUAUAACAUUCUUUGUACCAGUUUUUUUAAGAGCUACAUGUUCACCAACAAAAAUUAUUGUUGGGAAGGUGCUUUCAUGGACUGCGCCAUGAUGUGUUGUUCAACCUUCUGGCCAGUUGUGGUAAUGUGAUUUUACUAAUGUUAGGAUCAGAAAGAAUAAUAAUAUUUUUGUCUUUUCUGUUGAAAGUAGCGUAACUCAACAUCAUCUUUGCUUGUUUGUAUUAUCAUAAUCUGUAUUGUGAUGUGACGUUUAAGUUCUGACUAGCAUUCCAGUUGUAGGUGUAGUGAUGCUCAGUUGAAGUUAAUAGUCUCUUGCAUCUUGAUCUUUAGUGUUUUUUGAGAUCAAUUCUCUGUUCAAGUUUUAAAUGUAGGUCGAAGAUACUAAACAAGUUGAACUUCCACCACUCAAUAAAACAGGUUAAAGAUUAGGUGGCAUUUUCAAACAUUAUACCAUACAGAAAAAAUCCAAGAGUCAACUAAAGUGCCUUCUAAUACCAGCAUGUAAUGAAUGUUGUGUCUGAUAAUCUGGGCAAGUGAAGUUUUCAGGGGGAGUUCAAAUUGCAGAAGAACUGUAAUCAAUUCUGUUUGUCAAAAAUUUUUUAGGGUUAGUUAAAUUUGAUUCUUUUAAAGCUUCCCUGAAAAGCUGUAAAACUGACUCUCCUUCCACCCUGAAUAUCUAAUGGUUAGAAGAACGUCUUUGGAGACUGUUACAGUGUGAUUAUGGUACAAUGUUACCUACUCCCCUUGUUAUAGUGGGAGUCUCGCACCUGACGAUCAUGAAAAAUAUAUUAUAAAGUCAAAACUGGAACUUAGACAUGAAAAGAAAGUUCCAUGUGAUUUUAUAAGGGAAAGCACCAGGUUUGACAACUUCAGAAUAUAUUUUUUAAAAUCUUUAGUACAUGUUCAGAAAUGCUGUGAUGAGAUCAGAUGUUUUCAGGUCCUCUUUGAGAAAUCUUGGCACUCUCAGUACAGAAAACUUUUGUCACCCCCUUCCCCUCACCAAAAAGUUAGCAGUUAGUAGAUUAAGGCAUCUUUGUUAAUUUGCAGUUUACCAACAAGCAAGUAAAGCUUGUUACCUCUUCACAGUGUAAUUAAUAUUAGUAACUUUACCAUCAGAUUCAAUGCAGCAUCUUGCUCUCCAGUGAAGCCUACUUAUUUUUUUUUUACUUUAGUUGCACUCUUAAUCAAUCAAUCAAUCAAUCAUUUAUUUUAACACGUUUCGUCAAAGAGCUAAAAAAACUCAUUCAAAAUACGAACGUGUAAUAACCAUUUUUGCUUUUGCUUUUAGGGAGAUCAAAAAUUUAACGUUGGCAAGCGACAGAGUGUGAAACCUUCAGCAUAUAAGAAAAGUCACAACUUCAAGGUAAGUGCAGAAAUACUAGGGGUAACCACUGAAGUCAUUUUGGCAAUUAACCCUGUAAGUCCCAAUAGUGACCAACAUUAAUUUUCUCCUAACAACAUCCAUACAUUGUCAAGAGAUUAGGUUAUGAGAAUUAGUAAAAUGAUCACCAAGAGAAAAUGCUUUGAUCUUUUAUCAAAUUCUCUCAACUCAUUCUUUAAGGAAAUAUAUAGAGAUCAGUUUGGAGAAUUUGUAUGUGGAUAUUGGGGCUUAAAGGGUUAAUAAUGGUAAUAGGACUGAGUGGAGUCCAAUUUGGUCUGUAAUCAUAUGAGUGCUGAACAUAAUCGGACAGGUAUAUUUAACCUUAUUUCAUCCAGCAUGAGGCUUGCUUUUAUGACUAAUAAGAUAAAUUUUAAUUCUACUGUAAUUUGAAGUCAAUUUUCAACUGUUUCCGUAUUUUUUCUGAUUAAAAAAUGUGCUUGUCCCACGGAUAAGUCAUGUCAAAGGUUUACAUGUCCGAACUAAGUUUCUACCUGUCCCAGAUGAUCGGACAUAGGUUUUGGGGCACCCUGCAGCUCAUAGCUGUAUUGCUUGGAUAUCAUUGUAGCAGUCUCCAUUGUAGGAACUGUUAAUUGCCAGUACAAAGUGUAAGUGUAUUGUGUUUAGGUUGUUAGUGAUUAGUUUCCAUACAGUUUUGACUCUGUUCUGGUAUUAAAUCUACUAGAUGAACACUUUCAGAGGACCGCACUGGUGCGACCAUUGUCGAAACUUUUUAUGGGGACUAAUUAUGCAAGGAGUCAAGUGCCAAGGUUAGUAUUACACACCAUGGAAAUAAAUUAAAUAAAAUUAUAUAAAUUUUAUAUAAUUUUGUUCUUGAGCAGAAUACAGCCUAGUACUCAUCUUCCACUAAUAAUUAGUGAAAGAUGCGUACUAGUAUAAUAUAAAAUAUUAUUAUACCACAGAUGAUGAAUAUAAUUAUGUUGCAAACAUGUUAGCUUGUGUUGCUGGACAAUCUACGGUAAAAAUUUAUGAAAGUAGUAACAAGGAUGACAUCUUUUGUAUUAAUUUAUUUUUUGAUUACCUCAACCCUUGUUCUUCUUGAUUGUUUUCACUGGAUCAUCUUGGUGCAGAUAAUCAAGGUUCAACUAUUUUUUUUAUCUUAAAUUUUUUAUUUUAUUAUAGAUUGUGGAUUUAACGCACAUAAACAGUGCAGUUCUGUGAUCCCACCCAACUGUCAACCUGACAAGAAAUAUAUCAGAAGAGGUAAUUUUAAUAUUCAAUCACAAAGUGAGAACUUUGAGAACUCAUAUCAUUUUGGCAUUGUACCGUGGUCCAGGGCUCGAAAUAAUGGCUGGUUAACAGACAAUGUCCAGACUGAUUGGGGAGUUGACUAGUCAACCUUUCAUCUUGACCGGUCACAUUCGAUCGUGUUAAAAAUGAAAUGAAUUAAAAUUUCUAUGCUGUUCAAUCAGUGUGUAGCAAGUCGCUGUGUAUUGCAGAUUUUUGAUCUGAAAUCCUGGGUAAAAUGCAACUACAACUGUUGUUUGCAGUCAACACAUUGAAACAGACAUCGGAGUUCACACACUUCCGGUGACAAAGUUAAAAAUAUUUUCACUUUUAUUAGUCAAGCAAUGAGUUUUAAAAUUUUUGGAAGCAUACAAUGCCAGUUUUGGUUCAUGGGCCCUUGUUUUAGGAGUUAUUUAUCUUAUAAAUUUGACCAGCAGGAAAAGAUAUGUAACCAAGCUAAAAUGAAUUAGGCUGGUCAUCGUGUCCAGAGACUCUCUGGAAAUUAUUUCGAGCCCUGUGGUCACUGUACCGUAGCAGUGAAUCAUGAAAAAAGCUUGGUUCCUGUGUUUUUCAAGGUCUCUGUUGAUCACCUAUUUGGUAACGUUGAGUCUGGAAAAAUAAAGUAUUGUUUUAGAAGAAAGCCUGCAAAGAGUCUUGAACUAUGGAUCCAAAAAUCUGUACGAAACCUGGCUAAGUGAACAGGUGUACCAAGAAUUUAUAGAGCAAGUAAUGGUUUUUGCCUUAACAUAUACUACACUUUAUCAUUAAUAUAAACCCUGAUGAUAUAGAUGUUGUUCUCAACUAGUAAAGUAUAUUUUUUUGUUUACUGAUUCAAUAAAAUAAAAUAUAGCUUAACUUACACUUGCGUGGGUGUAGAUUAAGGUUCCAAGCUUAUUUGCAAUAAAGAACAGAAAUUUAACCCAUUGAAAAAAGAAAUGGAAACAAUGUCACUUGUGUCUGUGUGCCUUACUCUUUUCAAAAUUAUGGCAGUAUCUGUUGUUUUGGAUUCCUCUUAAAUAAAAUCGAUGAAGAGAUGGGAGGAGAAGAGCCAACAGAUUAACAUAACCACCCAAAAAUAAAACUGAGACGAGGUAUUAAUCACAGCAGCAUGUUCUCGAAUUUUUUAAGUAUUUUGUGGAAACCCUAAUAGCCUGGAGCCAGGUUUGAACUGAUGACUGGCCACUCCUCGACAAAUGUUCUCGUACAUCAGCCAACUAAGUUCAGAAGUUAGUGAUUACUAAAUUGUCUGUCUUUAUCGCAGUGUUUGGUGUUGACCUGACAACACUUGUCAAGCUACACAACACCAAGAGGCCAUUUGUUGUGGAAGCCUGUGUCAAAGAGGUGGAGAGCAGAGGUUUGAUUUAGCCUUUGCAUAUGUGUAGCACUUAAUAUGAUGUUUCUUUUUUAGCUGCCCUAACUCUCAGUUUUAAAAGUAAUAUGCUCUAAGUGCUUGUGAUUGGUCAAUACACCUUUUUGCUUGUCUGUUUUAACACAUUCAUUCCCAAUGUUAGACAAAGCAAUUUUUUGUGUAAAAAAAUUGUGGUGAAAAACUAAAAUUAAAGUAACAGUUUGCAAAAGUUAACUAGUACCAAAGAGGUUUCAUAUGAAUGGUAUCACCCAGGAUAUCACCCAAGGGUUAGCCUGAAUGCUCAUUAAGAGCUUAUUUGGAACAGUAAAGAUUUCAUUGGUAAUUAUAAAUCUUCACUAAAUUAUCUUUUUUUUCCUAAUUUCCAACUUAACAGGUUUAGACAGUGAGGGAAUUUACAGGAUUUCAGGAUUUGCUGAUGAUAUUGAAUCACUGAAGAAUUCUUUUGACAAAGGUAAAGUACAAGUGAUCAUGUUUAAAACUGUAAGUUAUUCCAACCAUAACCAAUGUAAGAGCCAAUCAUUUUGCUAGUCAAGACUAGCAUUUUGAAUUAAAGAUCUGCAUAAUACUGAAAGAAGUUAACAGUUCAUAAGUCUUUCCAUCUUCGACUUUUGACCCUCUUUUCUUCAAUUGAUGUGAAACAGCUCUAGCUCAUAGUUUGAGGAGGCCUAACCUCUCAUAAGCUCCUAUGGUUUCUGUUAGGUCUCCUCGCCACUUGUUUUUUUCUUCUUUUCCUAUAUUUUUUGUAAUUAUUGUGUGGCAAAUAAAGUAAAUUAAAAAAUAAAAAUAAAAGAUUCAUUGUUAUUUAAGAAUGACAAAAUUUCCGCUUUUUGUUCUAAAGUAAUUAUUUUGCAGCUCUGUGACAGCACAAUAGUAUAUCUUUUUAUGAAGUGAAAUUAAAGGAAAACUUGGGCUAAUCUAUACAAUUUUAUUAACACAUUCUUAUAACUUUGUUUAAAAAUGAUUUUUCAUUCUCUGUCAUCAAGUUCCUCCAACUGAAACAUAUUUUCCUUAUAAUUUGGAUGCUGCAAGAAAAACAGAAACAAAAGACUGUCAUCAAGAGCAAAUACAAGUUGGGGAGCUUGUUUCAGGUUGAACAAGCCCUAUUCUAAAUUUUAUUGAUCCGCAUUUUUUUGUUGUUUUUUCUCAGAUGGAGAGAUUGUGGACCUGAGUGCGUAUGACGACAUAAACAUUAUUUGUGGCACCUUGAAGCAGUAUUUUCGCAUGCUUCCGAUUCCUGUCAUCACAUUUGAACUGUACAACAAAUUUAUAGAUGCAGCAAGUAAGUACAGUCAAGUUGGUGAGAAAGAUUCUGUCAUGUAAUUCAAAAGAUAUAGUAUAGCAGUGAUUUUGUUUGUGAAAAAUCAUGAGUCCCAGUUCAAAAACACGAGUUCCUGAGUCUUUUAUGUAACCACACAGUUAAUUUAAAGACAGACUCCAAAACUCCGUGUUACAGUUUAUUAAAAAAAAAAAAUCACUCCUUCUAUUGUCAAGAACAACAGAGAGGGAAAGAAAUAUGUGAUGUUAAACAACAGCCACAAGAACAGCCACAGAAAUCACACAAACAGAAUAUUCUACAAAAACAUGGUCAGAUCGAUCAAUCAAUCUUUGCAGCCUUUGGGAUGCAUACCACAAAUUAUCUUGUAUCUUUGAGAAUUUUUAUGCAUCAGGGACACAGGAUGCAGAGGUAACAAAAUCACUGGUACAGUCAAGUCUCUCCACUGAAAUUUGAACUUUGAUCCAUUUUAAGGCAGAGAAAGAAAGAGGCAUUUUUAUUCACCUUGGCUCUUGGAAAUAGCUAAGUCCCCUAAACGUGGAAGUUACAUGCACUUGUGCCUUGCUUGGGGUCUACUCAUCAAGUAUCUUUUUGUUUCAGAAAUUUCCAGUAAAUAUGAAAAGGUAGAAGCACUCUCAAAAGCUCUUCUAGAACUUCCACCUUCUCAUUACGAAACACUUAAGUAUCUUUUGGGUCAUCUAUACAGGUAAGCUAACAGUAGUAUUAAUGGACAUGCUCCAAAUUACAAAUUUGUGAAUGAAAGCUCUGUAUUAAUUGCGUAAAUGGACGGUUCACUAGAAAUAACUAUUAAUUUAUUUUACUUGUUAACAGAGUUGCAAAACGUAAAAGUGAAAACAUGAUGAAUGAGGAAAACCUCUCAAUUGUCUUUGGACCAACACUAAUGAGGGCACCGGAGUCUGACUCGCUCAAUGUUCUAACUGAAAUGAAGUGUCAAAGACUGGUAAUAGAAAGCCUUAUUUCUUGUCAAGAUGUCCUGUUUGAAAGCUAGCCAUGAUCAAAUCACUCUUACAGGCCUCCAGUUGUUCAAAAGGUAGAUAACUCUAUCCACUGGAUAAAUUCCUGUCCAGUGGAUAAUGCAAUUGGCAAAUCCCUAAUACUUAUCCAUUGGAAAGUGAUUUAUCUGGUGGAUAGCACCAUCCAGCUUUUGAACACCUGCAGCCUGGUUAAUAAAUCUUGUCAUAGAUAGUAGUCACAAUUUUAAUAAGUUUGCUCUUUCCUAUCUCCUUGCCCUAAGUCCUAGUACUAUUUUGUUCAAGAUGACUAGGGUACAUACAUCCGGUCAAUUUGAUCUUCGUCAUGAUUCGUUUGGUUGGUCGCGGUGAAACCAUGCAUGACCUGUAGCAGCAGUAGAGUGCUUCUUAUGUGCUCACAUCCGAUCUCCCUCUCUGGUUCUUCUAUGAUUCAUUCCCUGGUUGCAAGGGAGAAAUUGUGCUGGGGUUAGGGCAAGGAAGUGGCGAGCACUUGAGGCGUGAACAUUUUCAAAAAUAGCCUGGUUGUUCAAAGGUUGGAUAGCGGUAUGUGAAUCAUCCAGUGGAUAAAUAGUAGGAACCAAUGUUAUCUUCUGUGAUUUAUCUGAUGGAUAUCAUUAUCCAUCUUCUGAACUACUGGGUCAUGAAUUUAAACUUUUCUAAAGCCAAUGCUCAAAGCGUUUAUGACUAAAGCUAACUGAUUGUAUUCAACAAGUAUUCCUUUAAUUUGAAACAAAGAUAUUGUUAUUUAACCAAUUUUAGUCUUCUUAAAAUCUCGCUGUUGAAUUUUAAAUUUCAGUUCAUCCAAAUAUUGGACCCAUGUGGGCAUAUCGUGCCUUUUAGUGCAUGUACAGUUUUAAGAAAUUUUACUGAAGUGAAUAUUGUUUUCAAAUAGAAAACAAAUUAAUAAAUGUAAAUCAUUCAAUAACUAUCCAUUUUUAUAUUUGUUUGUGUUUUUUUUUGACAUGUUUUGAAAAAAUAUCUAUGCAU